UGUGCUUCCCCAUUUUCGGUAGAAAAAUCCACGUCCACCAUCGACAUAAAUUUGUUCCAUGCCUCCACCGGCCAUGUAAACGAAUUCUUGAUGCGUUAAACGGCCAAGCAGCAGGGCGUACGACUGGUGGGGGAGAUGAAGCCGUGUGUGGGCUGCGUGGAGGCGAAGGGCAGGCGGGCCCCGGUGCCGCGGCGUAGCACCCGCGCGGCGGUACCGUUCGGCAAGGUCCACAUCGACCUCACGGGCCCGUCCUCUGACGCGCUGGACGUCUCCCGAUACCUGAUCAUGUUCGUGGACAGCGCAUUGCGGUGGCAACGGGGAUACGGGAUGCGGGCCAAGAGCGACACCCUGAAGUUCGUGCAGCGGUCCCUCGCCGACAUGAACGGCAUGGGCACUCCGGGGUGUUUCCGCAUGGACAACGGCGGCGAGUUCACCGGCACCGCGUUCACCACGUUCUGCGACACUGCUGGCAUCCGGCGCGAGUACACAAGCCCCGACACCCCCAAGCAAAACGAGGUGGUCGAGAGCGCCAUCUGGCGCGCGAUGAAGGGGUGCCACGCCACGCGACGUCACAUCCUCGCCAUGGGUCACACCGACCUGCCCUCCAUCCCCAAGGUCGGCGUCGACGGCCAUCGCCUGUGGCUUGCGUCGGCGCUGUGGGCAUCCGCCUGCUUCAACCGCUCCGCGACGAAGGCCAACGUGGACUGGGUGUCGCCGUUCGAGGCCUUCUUCGGCCGGAAGCCGCCCCUCACCGCCGUCCCCUUCUUCCAGGAGGGGAGAAUGCGCGUGAAGCGGGCCACCAAGGCGGACGUCCAAUCCGUGCGGUGCUUCUACCUGCACGGCGACAACAACCACUCAACAUCUCCCGCCGUCGUUCUUCGUGCUGACACCGGUAGCCUCGCCCUCACCAACAACGUUGUGUGGGUCAACCGCCGGGCAGGAGCGCCGGCGCCGGUGCCGGGCAUCGGGGGGGGUUCUUAGGUCGCCGCGGCGCCCUCGCCGGCCGCCGCCGUACCUGCGGCCGAUGCCGCACCGCCGCCGACCCCGCCAUCAAGGACGUACACGUACACCCCGCCUGCACCAGCGACCACCGCACCGCCGCCGCCCUCUUCCCCGGCGAUCUUCACAGGAUCCUCAGCCCCGUCGCCGAUCUCCGUCGUCCCAUCGUUACCCCCACCGUCGACCGCAGCCACGCCGCCCCGUUCGCCCCUGGGUCUGCCGCCGCCGCCGCCGCAGACCGCCAGCGCCGCCGCCCCCGCUCCUCCGCCCCCGCCGCUUUCGAAACGAUCCGUCAAGGAGUUGGGACGAGAGGACAAGAGGGUUCACGGCCGCACGCGCGGCGAUGGAGUGGGUUUCAUGGAUGAACAAUAACAACCGCCGUCGCCACCCGGUGGCGGCACCGCUCUCCACCACCGCCUUGGGCUGUUGGACAUGAUGGAUAAGGCCACCCUCAUCUCGUCGCUCGCCACCCGGGAGGCCGUGGAUCAAGGACGCCGCGACCUACCGACCCCGCCGCAACUGGAUCCGAGUCUUGGGUGCCGUGGAAGCGGGGGGGGUGUGGGAGCUGGGGGGCCCGUGGAUUCCGGG